AUGGCAACGCAACGCGACCUCCCUUCUAUACAACCCACACAACCUCCCCCACGACCGCGACGGAAACGAAGGCCGGGUUCGCUGUCAAAGUUCAGCUUUACCGUCGUACUCCUCGUAAUGCUGGCAGCACUCCCGGUGGCCAGCGCCGUCUUCAUAAAUUUCGACAACUGUCUGGAUUCCAAUUACCGGCGCCAAACAGAUCCAGUACGUCUGCAGUUCACGCCCUACCAUGUCUGGGCCAAAUUCAACAACACCGAUUCCACACACAGCUUGAAUGUUACCAUCUAUGGAAAUGUGUCCGGACAACUCACAAGCGGCGACUAUCCUCCACCCUCGUCUCCCAGAUGGAAGGAUCCCAAGGAUUCUUUCGGCAAGAUUCCCAAUGCGUUGCAGGUGGGCAAAGAAAGCAACCCUGGCGGAGUAGCUACGACCCUGUUUCCAACUUUUGAUGCGCUCACCUAUUCGUCAUGGAACCCCGGCGCGCUACAAUUCUGCAACUAUACCGUAAAUAAAGAGUGCCCGCUUGCGCCCGUCUUUCCAUCGACUGUGCCCGAAGGGACAAAUCUCAGCGACCCCACCGUACUGCCAGCAUUCGGCAUCCAAAGGGAUUUCUAUAGCAGUUACUCCUUCACGACAUGGGAAGCCACGUUUCGUAUUGUUGCCGGUGACGAGCUCGCUACUACUAUUGGAUGCAUUUCAGCUACAAUAACUCCAGAUUUAGGACCCAAUUUGAGCGGAGCUCUACGUUACAGUCCCGCCGCCAUUCUUAUCCUUGUAGGCGUUACUACCGUUUUCGCCGGAAUGUACAGCCCAUGGGGGUCCACCAAUAUAUUCCGUUGGACCAGCAACUAUGGCAGAGACGAGGAUCUACUGCGGCUGGUCACGCCUGGGUUCGGAGACUGUCUUCAGUACAUCCAGUUCAUUGUAUUGGCUGGCAGCUUGAACCUGCAGUAUCCAGGCUAUUUCCAACCUGUGAUCAGCCGGGCAAGCUGGUCAACGCUCAUGUUCAAUCAGAGCUUCGUUAGCGGUCUCAACGGAACGCAGAGUCUGGAUGAUGGCAUUUACUUUGUGAACGGUACUUAUGGAUUGUCGCGCCUGAGCAAAUUCGUCGGCAUAUCAGAGGACCAAGAUGUAUGGGCUGGCAUGGCUAUCUGGCUGCUUGUGCUGAUCGGCAUCGUCGUAUUGCUGGUGCAGCUGGGCUUCUUCUUGCGCUGGGUCUUCCGCCUCUUCACCAAUGCGCAGGAUACCGAUCUCCGUGGUAAGAAUUGGCCUUUCACAGCUGGCAACAUUGUGCGCAUCGUGCUCAACUGGUUCAUGCUUCCCAUCAUCACACUAUCGUUAUUCCAAAUGGUGGUCGCCCCGGAUUCAGCUGCAUCAGUUGUGGCUUGUGCUGUAAUCCUUCUUAUUGGAGUCACUGGAGCAGCAGUGUGGAUAUUCUGGAUGAUCUUCACGACUCGACCGCGUGCUCACCUCUUUGACGAUCUGCCUACUGUUCUUACGUAUGGCCCGUUGUACAACACCUAUUCCGACGAUGCGGCCCCGUUCGCAUUCAUCCCGGUUUUACUGACCGUGAUCCGCGGCAUCGCCAUCGGAGCUAUCCAACCAUCCGGCAUCGCACAGAUCAUCAUUCUGGCCAUCUGCGAGGUUAUUCUCAUUAUGACAUUGCACGCUUUCCGGCCUUUCCAGUCGAAUACGUCCAUGAACGCAUACCACACUUUCUUCGCUGCAGUCCGGCUCGCUUGCAUUCUACUCAUGAUAGCGUUCGUUCCUUCUCUAGGAGUGUCCGAAGCACCGAAGGGAUGGAUUGGGUAUGCUAUCCUUCUGCUCCAUGCGAUCGUCUUGGUCUUUGGAUUCUUCCUCAACUCUCUCCAAACCAUCAUCGAAGUUGCUGCUAGGCUCACGGGCGCAGGAGCGGACCAGCGUGGAGGUCUUACAAAGGUUUUCGGCAAACGCGAUCUUGCUAAGCGUAAUCAUCGACAUCAGCGCAGUAGCUUGAACUCCAACGCGGCAAUGCUUGCCCACGAUGGAAACAAGGGCUCCAUUCAGCUUAGUGGAGGGCGAGCUCGUAGCCUUUCUGGAAGCUCUGCUGUUCUUCUAAACGGGCCUUAUGGUGGUAAUCGUGAAAGCGUCGGUUUCGAUGGCUUCAGCCAAGGGGAGUACAGCCAUGGAGGAACAAGUCCUGGAACGCCGGGUACUAAUGCAACUCCUUUUACCUUCCUGGCAGGAUCCACGUCGAGCUCUCGACGGCCGACUAUGGGCACAAUGUUGGAGAACCCUGACCCCUACUAUCGACCGCCCAGGGCGCGGAAGCAGACCAUGGAUUCGAUGACGGCGGCGAAUGUGCCGAAUAGACGAUCUCACAGUGCCGACAUGACGAACACGCCAUACGCAGACAGUCCAGACGUAGAAAGCGGGGAUUUGGGCGAGGGACCGUCAUCGUGGUCACCUGGAAAGCGAUCGAUAACUCCAGCCUUCCUACGCAUGCAGCGCGAUGACUCUGAUCCCAGUAUCGAGCGCCGGAACAACACCGACUAUUCUGUUCGAGAGUCGGACUUCUACUAUGGUCUCCGCGGGCCUGCUCUAUCAUCCCAGCCCACGCGCAAGCUGAAGACUGGACCGGCUGAUCCAAUGGGUCCUGUUGCAUCGGCCUCAGGCUGGUUCAAGAGUCUAGGAUUCUUUGCUGGUAAGAAAAAGGAGAAGGGCAAGGGCUUUGAAGUCGUCCGCAGCACGCGUAUGCCGCCGCAAAUGAUCGCUGAAGAGGAGGAAGAAUCUCCGCAUAUGCCCCAAGAGCCCUACCACGACAGUCCGACUAGAUCUCCGAGUGAUAAGAAGAAUUCGACGCAGCAGGGCAGUCCUGGUGUGGCUACGGCAGCUGGUGCUAUUAGACGUUCAAGCGUCAGCGAAUCAGAUAAGAGUAGUGAUGAGGAAUACGACGACAUGCCACACACCAGAGUACCUGACCUAGCUCCUACCCUCGGUCCAAUCGAUGCAGGUGGUGGAAUCGAGCUUCCCAGUAGGAUUGGAUCUCGCGCAUCGCACGCAUCCCGGAAUCAGCCGCCGAGCCGCGCUCCCACGAUACCACGCAAGAGCUCUCGGCGGACUCCUUCUACAGACGCAGCCAUCCUAGAUAGUAGCAACCGACUAUCAUCGGUCAUGGCAUCUCCGCCGGGCACGCCUGGACGAUUGUCUGCGCACAACCCUGGCAAUCAUAAUCAGCGUCUUCGCCCAGCACGAGACACUCUGCCCAUUCGAUUACCCUUCGGAUCCACAGAUCCCUCACCUUCCCCAGAUCCAAGUCCGAACCAUUCAGCAGCUUCAAGUCUGUAUCCGACGCAUGACGGCGAUUACAAUGCGUUGGACGCUGCAGACUCCCUGGCACCGCCUCCGAACAUUCAGACCGGGGAGCGGCCUUUGAGUACCGGUUACGUUCAUCAGCACGUGGCACGCGACAGCAUUCAGAACGACAACCAUGUUCCCGGCAGCCAUCUAGAGACGUCGGCGGAGAUCAUUGAUCGAAGCAGAAGCGUCAGUACGCAAGGCAGCCUGGGCAACCAGCGCAGAUAA